GGAAGGAGGGAGUCGGUGGGUAGAAAAUGAAGGGGUGGGGGGAAGAGAGGUGAGUAUAAAAGCCUUGCUGUGAGGAAUUAGGAAAUAUUCCUCAGGAGAAACAUACACACAGAGAGAUAUUUCCAAGACUUCUAACUCCACAGUUAUCUUCCAAGCAGACAGGCAGAUAAACCCCAACCCCCCCCCGACCAAGGAUGAGGAGCCUUCUUCAGUUUCUAGCACUCGCGGCUGCGAUCACUCUCUGUGUCUGCUUUGAGUCUCAUGAAAGCUCAGAAUCCGCAGAAGAUCUGUUCGUGCCUCCACACCAAGCCAACUCGUUCAUGACGCCACAGAGGGGCAACGUAUACAGCCCACCCAGCAGGAACGGCAACAACAACUACAACUUGAUGAGGACGGUGAAGUCUCCGGCGGAGAGGCGUGCAGAGACCUGCGAGGACUACUCUCCAUGCCGCUUCUACGCCUACCGCCAUGGUUUCCAGCAGGCCUGGCAGAGAUACUUUGGCUCCCGGACUCAACCUCAGCCUCAGAGACAGAGACAAGGAGCUGGGGGUCGCCGAUACUAAACUCUUGAGUUAUCUCUCUUGAGAUGAGUUAUCUCAUCUGUCACAGGGUUUGCAGAAUUAUCUCAUUAUUAAAUGAGUGCGCGUGCCUCCGUUCCACAUAACUUUUUAUAUAAUUUAUGUAGCUGUUUUUGUGGCCUCUUCUGGAGACACAUUUUAUAAACACAGAGGCCUCCAGCGUGGCUCAGCUGUUACAGUAACCCCAUCAUUAUACACAUGUAGAAAAUCACGGCCCAUCUCUCAUGUAAUCUCAGGAUAACUUUUAUCCACUAUUAUCACACCUCCCCGGCAUUUAUGAGCUUUGUGUGACGUGCUUGAAUGAAAUGUUUCGCUCACUAUCCACUUUCUUACAUUAUCCAUGUGUGUAUCCAGCCCAGCGCCGCUGUCACUGAUUGUUUCUAUUGCUUUGAUUUGAAAAAUAAAAUUCACUUUAUUGGGUUUUGUCUUAA